AGAAAAUGGCGGCGCGUGUUUUGUUGCGUUGUGCUUCUGCCAACUUAACGUAUACACUGACCCGGCUUUCGUGUACAAAUAUGUUAUCUCCUGCCCGAAUGUUGGGGAGAUCAUGUUUUAAAAGGGACCUGUCCAUGACUCCUCGCUUUUGUACAGCACUGAAGUACACAGACAAACAUGAGUGGGUACGAGUGGAAGAUGGCCUUGGUACUGUGGGUAUCAGUAAUUUUGCUCAGGAAGCACUGGGCGACGUUGUCUACUGUGGUCUCCCUGAUGUGGGUGCAAAGCUCUCCCAGUCGGACGAGUUUGGUGCUCUGGAGAGUGUGAAGGCAGCAAGUGAGCUGUACUCACCUUUAACCGGGGAGGUGACAGAGGUUAACCAUGCCCUUUCUGAGAAUCCAGGACUGGUGAAUAAGUCUUGCUACAAAGAUGGCUGGCUGAUUAAAAUGACAGUAUCAGUACCGGAGGAACUGGAUGCUCUAAUGGAUGAAGCUGCUUAUGAGAAAUACGUCAGAUCUAUAGAGGACUAGUAACUGACCGGAACCACUAGCGUUUGAGUUUUAUAUGCGCGUGAAUGUCCCUGUGGUCGAGCGGGACAAAGACAAUGUGGUCAACUGUGGACCAGCUGUUUCUUCACUACUGAUUUCUCUGCUUGUAGCUGCUAUAGUGUAGCUAGACCUAGAACAGAACAAGUACAUUAGCCUCCAAACACUAAACAGAUCAUGGAGGGCACCACUGGAGGAAAAAACUGCUCUAGUCCACAUUUGUGAAUUGCACACUGCAUAUGGUGUACUUUUUUUCUCCUUUCCUUCUUUUUUUCCCCUCUUUUGUUGUUGUUGUGUUUUUUUUUAUAUUAGUCAUAUUCCAGACUCUAAGACGCACACGAUAACCAACUGUUUUAUCCAGACUAGAAGUAAUCAUUCACUACAGGCUUGCACUGUACCACUUUGCAGCCAUGCUUGGCAGUUACAGUACAGUGAAAUUUGGUGAAUUGAAGGGAGGUAUAUGAUUGAGAAUUUGACAUGAUUUAUUUUCAUGACCACUCUUCCAGUAUUACUUAGGUUGGAGAGCACAUCCUGUAAGGGAGAGGUACUUUGUUCAUUUCUGUGUUGAUGACAGAUGUUGAUCUGAUCCAUACUCAUAUUUAGAGUAGCUGGACAUUAACUUUCAUUAAAGGAUGACUCAUUUUCUCAA